UACACCUUGUGUUGGGUCCUGUGUAGUUGUUUAUUCCUUCCUGUUUACAUCAGAGAUGUCGUGUCCCGUUUAUCACGCCGAAUCGGAGUUGAACGCAGGCCUCCUCCCCAUAGACUGGCUCCUGGGUGCCUGGGAGUCAGAUGAGCCUGGAGAGGGCAGCUUUCCUUCCAUAGAACCUUUCCGCUACACAGAGACCCUGCACUUAAGCCAUGGUGGACAACCAAUGAUAAACUUCAUGUUCAAUGCGUUCCAUGCAGAGUCUAAAAAGCCGCUGCACCAGGAGUGUGGCUUUAUUCAAAUGCAGCCAGGAACCAACAGAGUGGCGUUCAUCAUCGCACAAAACUCGGGUCUGAUGGAGAUUGAAGAGGGGGAGCUGACUGGGAAGCAGCUGAAGCUGCAGACCCAUGCUCUGGCCAGAACCUCUUUUGCCAAGAAGCCACAAGUCAAGCAGAUUUCCAGAAUGUUGGAGCUCAGAUCAGAUGGAAGGCUGGAGCAUACAGUUUCCAUGGCAACAGACAAACAGCCUAUGAUGCAGCACUUGCACGUCAUCUACCGUCGGCCAUCUUGAAUCAUCACGCAGGCAGGCUUCUCCUGCAUAAAAAUAACUGUCAGGAAUGACAAAUGUUGCUAAAAAAAGGCUUGGUCAAUAAUUAGAGCUUAUGAAGGAUGAUAUUGAGGACAGUAUCAGAUUUGCAUAUCAUUGCACUAUAAGUUUGACAGCUAAAGUAACUGCUGUGCUUCUGGAGUCACCUUUUUGUAUGUUUAGGGUUGGGGUUAGUUUUUCUUUUACUUCCUAUAUACUUCUUUCUCUGUCCUUGUGGAGUUCAAAUUUGAAUGUCAUCUUCA